AUGCCGACCACACUGCGAUUACUUUGGUAUCCGCUAGAUACUGUGUUUAGAUCUGUCUACAAAAUUUUGCCUAGCUGGAAACCUGGCAAAGUUGAUGUCGAAGAAAUGGAUUCAUCCUCCUCUUUCCGUCCCAAAGAUGUUGGUCAUAAUAGCUGUUAUCACUUCUUAGAACCCCCUCUAACUUCCACAGGCCAUCCAGGCUGCUGUGAGAAUUGUUCGUCCGUAUAUCCUCCUGGCGUGUCUGAAAUUAUCGGCCUGCCGGAUGGAUCAACCGUUCUCAAAUACCCAUACAUACCUGGCGAUCGUGUAGGUAUCGAGGUAGAGGCAGAGCUUCUCAAGCUCGUCGGAAGCCAUCCACGGAUCAUAGCCUCGAAAGGUCUCAAUGAGCAUGGCCUAGUCCCACAGUAUGCAAAAAACGGCAACGUUUGCGAUUGCUUCACAUGGGGCCGCGAUAUUUACUUCGACCAAAGGCUCCGCUGCUGUGAACAAGCUGCGGGAGCCGUCCAAUUAAUACACCGAAAAAGAGUUGUCCACUGUGACAUCAAUGUCCGAAAUCUACUACUGGACGAUAACCUUGACGUAUUACUUGUAGACUUUCAGGGCGUGUUGAAGUCGGAGAAUGGCGAAAAACUGUUAGAUGGGGAGUCUCGAGAAAAUUCUAGAGCGUACAUGCCUCGCGUUCACGGUGACAUUGCAAAUGCCAAGACGGACAUAUUUGCUCUGGGGUCUCUAUUCUACCAUAUCAUGACGGGACAUGGACCGUUUCCGGAAUUGAAUGACUGGGAAUAUGAUGAGGAGAUCGAAGAACGUUACAAAAAUGGCCAAUUUCCUACUGACAGCCAUGCAUGCUCUCAUAUUAGAGAUAAGUGUUAG